AUGCCCGAGAUAACUCGUCAUAGACCACCCUCGUUGAAGCUCUCAAACGAUGAUGCUAAAAACGACGUGCUACUCCGGAUAGUGAGUCCGAUGGAUACCCACAAUUUGAGUGAAGAUAUGAAAAAUACCAUGCGGAUGAGUGAGUCGAUCAAGAAGAGGCAGUCGUCCAUCAUUGCAUCCAAAAACUACUGGAACGAUGUGGACACACUGGCUGACGAUAGUCGCUUGGAGAGAGAUCAGCCCUCUAGCCCUGCUUCUUCUGAAGCAAACAAGGGUGAUUUAGACAGAAGGGAGUCUGGCCUGACAGACGAGAAAUCUCCAGAAAACACGGCUGUAAACUCUGCCAUGAACUCAGGUGUUUCUACCGCCAGUUCUUCUACGACGCGUUUUGCUGAUAUCAAAGUCAAAAAGGAAAGCGACAACGACGACUCUCCGAAAUCGGCCCCUUGUACGAGCACACAGCUGAGCCCAGGCAUAUCACACUCCACGCUGGACCGGUUGGCGUCUCAAUUCCAAAAGAGGAGCUUGAAGCGCAGUCACGCACCUCGUCCCCUUAAACUUCCUCAUAAUCCUGCCGUGGGAAGUGGCCCUUACACUGCUGCUCACGGUUACUAUGGCAUGCCAGCGGCUCAUUAUCCUGCUGGACUCAAUACAGCCCCGUUACGGCCAUACUUCUAUAAUGGUGUACGCAUGGGCCAGCGGUUCAGACCGCGUACUUUUGUCCCCUUAAGCGCACAAUAUAUGAUGGUACAAACUCCAUUUAGAAGAGACAUUCCUACGGGAUCUGACAGACGUAUCCAACGACCACUUCAAACCUCAGCUCCAGCGCCUCCAACUGUUUCAGUCACUCCACCACAGCCAGCGGCUGCAUAUCCCCUAACACAAAACACUAGUCAAACGACUCAAAAUUCGAGUCAGGAUAGGCAGCCCCCAAUGAUACCAGAUGCUCAAAUGAAAAGAAGUCGUCCAGUUCAAGAUGUCUUCAAAGACAACGUUAAGAGAAUCGCACCGCUCCCACUGCAGCCUCCGCUGGCGCAAAGAGAGCGCUUCAGUCAGGUAGCUUCCGAUGACCGCGGAGAUGCCACGGAGGAAGAGAUGGAAGAAAUGCGUCGGAAAUGGGAAGACGGUGAAGAAAUCUUCGGAUCGAUGUCGUUUAUGGAUAAAAAGACUUUCAGGUUCAAAAUCUUAAAGAAAAGUCUCUCGCUGGACGAGAAGAAGGCUAAAUUCAUGCAGAUAUGCGAGACUACAUGGGAUGAGUUCAUGAAGGCAAGAAAGGACGCAUAG